AUGUCGGAUCACGUCGAUCCGAUCAGUGAUGCCCUCGCCGACUUCUUCGUCAACUUCGACAAAAGGUCCAAUGCUGAACGCGGUCAACCAACCGCUCAAUUUGGCCACCUCAAGAUCCCCCCGUACCGCCUCGAGACUAGUAUCCCAGAACUCAUCCGGCAAAUGUUUUCAGAGGAGGAACCUCUCUUGUUCGUCGUUCCAGACAUGGAGCAUGAGGUUGGGCUAGGUCUUCAAUUCCCGGAUGACGCCAGUAUCAAGGUUACGACAUAUGGUAACCUUUUGAAGGAUAUCCACAGCAACUUCGACCUUGGAAACAACGAGCACGCUCCGACAAACUGGCGAGUAGGUAAUAAAUCGGUGGGGUGGAGCAGUGACCGGCUGCCGCUCAAGAUUGUCAUCAUCUUUCAGAUCGACCCCAACAUUCCAGCGGAUUGCGCGAUAUCACUGGCAGGAAUCGUUCAGUGGUCACUAGCACAGUCUUCUCUGCCACGCUACGUUAUUCGCUUAGUGACCCUGUCAGCUGAAGAGGACUGCGACCUUCUCGAGAGACUCUUGGAUGAAUCCAAACUCCAAUGCCGCUUCACCGACCUCGACCUGGCUCAAUACGGCGAGCACGAACCCACGCUUAACUGCACUGUCAUCAAUGCAAAGGAUGUGGACACCCAAGUGUCAGAUAUACUCACUCGAGUCAGAGCACACCCGGACAAGUCUCGGCUAGUUCUGUGCUUUGAUAUGGCCUUUUACAGAGCUUUGAAUGCUAAGCAGGAUCCUGAGGACGACCACAGUCGGCUCGACUGUGGACGAUAUUGGGCCUAUGAUCGAUGGCCUGGAUGCCCAAAGACUCUUGUGAUGUUGUUCUCGCCCGAUGCUGCUAUUCUGCCACUCCCCAUUCGAUGUUUCGAAGAGAUACAUAUCAUCGUUGGCUACAGCACUACGAAACACAUCUGGGACCAUGAACUUUGCCAGAUGAUCAGCUGUGAUUAUCCUCUAUCAUUAGAAGAACGCCGUCGACAACUUUGGUGGGCUUGGCAGGGAAACGAGCAAUCUAUUUUCAUGCAUAUCGAUGAUGGCCUCACCCCGUCUGGCUUCAUCGAACAGAGCUAUGAUGCGGUUCGCUUCGUUGAAGCACAUCAGCUUGGUGGCUUUAUUGCUGCCGUGGCCAAUCUUCCAUGGUUCCCCAGAAAUCGCGACGGCAUCAUCAGAAUCUUUGCCACCAACCCUCUCGUGGUGCGAGAGACGAAGGACAGAUUGAUCACACAACGGGUGAUCAAGUCCCGGGGCAACGGUAUGCCUGAAAGUCAAGCCGAGAUAUUUAUUGAAGCAUUACCGCUGCUAAAUUACGACUAUCGUCUGUCUCUGUUGGUAGCUACCGAAGCCUCUCCAAGGGUUGACCGCGUCAAGGCGCAGCUGGCGGCAAUGCUCACCACCAAGCUUGAGCACAUAGCCAUGUUGGACAGUAUUCCCAGAGUGCCAGAACACGUAUUGAAGGAGUGCCGUGGUUUUGGUCGAUCAUUGGCAGCGCAAGGUUCACUGUGGCUGUUUCUAGGCUUGUUCAAAAACCGGAAGCAACACAUCCAGGAACAUGGCGAGUAUAUGUCUCGAUACGACAACCUCCAUGGAAUCAUAUCAGUUAAUGAGUCAGUGGGUAAAAGAAUGGAGGAGGUCUUUGGCGAGCUGGCCCGUCUGGCAAAUAGACGUGGGCGAGACAUCAACCCCUGGCUUUCUCUCCUGGCCGAGACUGAGGAGAUGACCCCGGACGAGCAGCGCGAGCUUCAUGGCCAUUUAUUCAGAGCAUACAUGUACCAAGCCACUGUGUUUCACGAGAAAUCAACCGGCGAUUCAAGCCAAAGUGACACUUCCAUGAUGUGCACUUUAUCCGGUGGGCAUAGAUGUGUGCUUGACCCUCCUGACAUCUCACCAACAAAUCUUGUGGAUAUGCUUAGUCUGCUUCGGAGUAGUGGGGACAAGGCGAUAAUUGGUAUUUCUCAUUAA